AUGAUUCGCGUCUGGAGAACUUCUGGGCAGGAACUGGCCACCUUCAGUACAGAGGAGUUCAAGGAUGCAGCGGCUUUGAAGGAGGAAUUGUGCAAACUGUGUGGUUUUCCAGUCUAUCUGCAGCAGCUAUUGCAGGAUGAGAAUGUCUUGGGUGACGGUGCAGAACUAGAUGCGCCUAUGGAUUUGCAGCUGGUGUUGCUGGCCAUCCCUGGCAUUUCAAGCCACGGAAACAGCAUUUCACUUGUAGCUGAAGCAGAUCUGCUAGAUGCUGCUCGACGAAACUGUGACACAAUGGUCCGUUGCUUGCUAGCCGCUGGUGUUGAGAAAGAUAUCCGUGAUGAGGUGGACGGCAUGACAGCACUAAUGAUAGCAUCCGAGGGUGGUUACUUGGAUGUCGUACACCUGCUGUUGGAAGCUGGUGCUGAGAAAGAGUGCUCAGACGAUGACGGCUGGACAGCUCUGAUGAUGGCAUCUUACAAUGGUCACUUGGAGAUUGCACGUUUGCUUUUGCAAGCUGGUGCUGAUUCAAGCUGCCGAGGACGUAUUGGAAAGACCCCCCUCAUGCUUGCAUCUGAGAGUGGUCACUCAGAGGUUGUCCGUUUGCUGCUGGAAGUUGGUAGUCGUACAGACUGCUGGGACAUUGACAUUAUCACACGCCAGACAGCCCUGGCGCUUGCAUCCGCUCAUGGUCACAUUGAUGUUGCACGUUUGCUACUGGAAGCUGGUUCUGAAAUAGAUCGCCAGGGACGUGGUGGCAAAACAGCUCUAAUGCUGGCAUCUGAAUGGGGUCACUUUGAGGUUGCGCGCUUGCUGCUGGAAGAUGGUGCUGAGAAAGAAUGCUUAGACGAUUUCGGCUGGACAGCUCUGAUGCUGGCAUCUCACUAUGGUCACUUGGAGGUUGCAGAUUUGCUGCUACACACUGGUGCUCCAACAGAGCGCUCAGAGUAUUUCGGCAGGAGAGCCCUUAUGCUCGCCGUUGAAAGUGGUCACUCGGAGGUUGCCUCUUUGCUGCUGGAAGCUGGCUUCCCAAUGCUGACGUCUGACAGUGAACGCCAGGAGGUGGCAAACUCGCUGCUGGCA